CCCCUGGCAAACAUGUCCCUGGCUAUAAAGCAAGUCUUCAACAAGGACAGGACAUUCCGGCCCAAGCGGAAGUUUGAGCCUGGAACACAGCGCUUUGAGCUACACAAGAAAGCGCAGGCGUCCCUUAAUGCUGGCCUGGACCUGAAACAGGCAGUGCAACUGCCGCACGGCGAAGACCUGAAUGAUUGGGUGGCCGUUCACGUGGUGGACUUCUUUAACCGCAUCAACCUUAUUUACGGCACCAUCAGUGACUCCUGCACAGACCAGACCUGCCCUGUUAUGUCCGGCGGGCCCAAGUACGAGUACCGCUGGCAGGACGAACACAAGUACAAGAAGCCCACUGCUCUCCCUGCGCCCAAAUACAUGAGCCUGCUAAUGGACUGGAUUGAGGUGCAGAUCAACAAUGAACAGAUCUUCCCCACUAAUGUCGGUACGCCAUUCCCCAAGACCUUCAUGCAAGUAGCGAAGAAGAUCUUGUCUCGUUUAUUCCGUGUUUUUGUCCAUGUCUACAUUCACCACUUUGACUGUGUGAACCAGAUGGGAGCAGAAGCCCACGUGAACACCUGUUACAAGCAUUUCUAUUACUUUGUUACUGAAUUCAACCUCACAGACCACAAAGAACUGGAGCCUCUGAAAGAGAUGACAUCUCAGAUGUGCCACUGAGGAAAAAAAAAAAAAAGAGCAGUCCCUCUCAUUCCACACAGAACAUAAGAACCACCCAAAUUAACCAUUUAAACGCGUAUGAAGCUAACUCGCAAAGACUCUUAUUUUUUUUAUACACUUUUAAAAGUAUUGUAAUAUUCUAUUUAGCGAGAGACAACUCUGUAUUCUGAUGUGUGAAUAGUUUUAUUAGAAAUCAGUAUUAACUGUUAUUUUAGUCUUUCCAAAUUUGUCUCAAUCAUUCCAUUUUUCUGUUGUCAUAAUCUAUAAUGCAGAUUAUAUUUGUGACUAUUUAUGUAUGUGUUUGAGAUAUUAAACCCAUUCUGUCUUGUCUGUG